GUAGAGCUCCGAGACAGGAUUGUGUCGAGGCACAGAUCUGGUGAAGGGUACCAAAACAUUUCUGCAGCAUUGAAGGUCCCUUGGUCAGGGAGAUGGGCCUUGGUCAGGGAGGUGACCAAGAACCCAAUGGUCUCUCUGAAAGAGCUCCUGAGUACGUCUGUGGAGAUGGGAGAACCUUCCAGAAGGACAACCAUCUCUGCAGCACUCCACCAAUCAGGCCAUUAUGGAAGAGUGGCCAGACAGAAGCCACUCCUCAGUAAAAGGCACGACAGCCCGCUUGGAGUUUGCCAAAAGGCAAAAGGACUCUCAGACCAUGAGAAACAAGAUUCUCUGGUCUGAUGAAACCAAGAUUGAACUCUUUGGCCUGAAUGCCAAGCGUCACGUCUGUAGAUAGAUGAGGGGGAAAAAACAAUUUAAUUAAUUUUAGAAUAAGGCUGUAACGUAACAAAAAGUCAAGGGGUCUGAAUACUUUCCGAAUGCACUGAACAGUACAGGACCCAACAUCUGAGUUAUGUUCACCAAGGGUGACAAACUCUCGACCGGUUAAAUAGGUCCUAAAUCAAUUUAGAACUGGACCGGAGAGGCCAACCCACCUCUCCAGUCUGUCCAGAAGGACAUCAUGGUCAACAGAGGACAACCACCUCUCCAGUCUGUCCAGAAGGACAUCAUGGUCAACAGAGGCCAACCACCUCUCCAGUCUGUCCAGAAGGACAUCAUGGUCAACAGAGGCCAACCACCUCUCCAGUCUGUCCAGAAGGACAUCAUGGUCAACAGAGGCCAACCCACCUCUCCAGUCUGUCAAGAAGGACAUCAUGGUCAACAGAGGCCAACCACCUCUCCAGUCUGUCCAGAAGGACAUCAUGGUCAACAGAGGCCAACCCACCUCUCCAGUCUGUCCAGAAGGACAUCAUGGUCAACAGAGGCCAACCCACCUCUCCAGUCUGUCCAGAAGGACAUCAUGGUCAACAGAGGCCAACCCACCUCUCCAGUCUGUCCAGAAGGACAUCAUGGUCAACAGAGGCCAACCCACCUCUCCAGUCUGUCCAGAAGGACAUCAUGGUCAACAGAGGCCAACCACCUCUCCAGUCUGUCCAGAAGGACAUCAUGGUCAACAGAGGUCAACCACCUCUCCAGUCUGUCCAGAAGGACAUCAUGGUCAACAGAGGCCAACCACCUCUCCAGUCUGUCCAGAAGGACAUCAUGGUCAACAAUGUCGAAUGCAGCACUUAAAUCUAAGAGUUAAUAAUAAUAAUAAUAAUAUGCCAUUUAGCAAACGCUUUUAUCCAAAGCGACUUACAGUCAUGUGCGCAUACAUUUUUACGUAUGGGUGGUCCCGGGGAUCGAACCCACUACCCUGGCGUUACAAGCGCCAUGCUCUACCAAUUGAGCUACAGAGGACAGAGAGCUGUUUGGCAUCUGUGAUAAUUUACCACUUUAACUAAGGCUGUCUCUGUGCUGUGUGUGGGAAUAAAAAAUAAAAAUAAACUUAACAAAUCAUUUAGCUGUUUAAAAACCAAUUUCUCCAGAAUUUUGCUUAAAAAAGGAAGGUUGGAGAUUGGCUGAAAAAUUGCUAAGAGCUGAAUAAUCUAGAUGACUUUUCUUCAGAAGGGGUUUCACCAUAACAGUUCUUAGUGCAGUGGGGAAAGUGCCUGUGAACAGGGAGUGAUUAACAAUAGCUUGCACUUCUUCAGAUAUGCAAUUAAAAACUGUUUUGAAGAAGGUGGUGGGGAUAGGAUCUAGAAGGCAUGUAGAAGGCUUGAGUUGUGAUAUCCCUUUCCUGAGCAUGUCUGUGUCAACCAGGGAAAAUAAAUAAUCCAUAGUGCCUUUGCAUGGUAGGCUAGGGCACAUAUCAAACUUCCUAAUGUUUUGUACACUCAGUGUAUAUAUAAUAUCAGCAGUACUACACCACUAAAUCUCUGUGGCAUACUCACCAUCUGGUUAUGUGUCUUUUAUGACUUGUAGUGUGUUUUUGUUAUUUUAGACAUUCUAAACAUGCAUAAAGUAAUGAAUGAAUUCUUAUUUUUUUAAAUAUCUAUUUUUUGUAUUUAUGUUUCAAGCGGUCUUUAUCCUUUGACAGCUAAUAUUGAUGUCUCCUUCUAGUGGUGGAGGCUAAAGCUAUGAUGAAAGAGCGACAGAAAAAGGACAACCAUAACCAGAGUGAGUAUAGAUUUGAAUACUUUACUGCCAACGGAUACCAUAUUUGAAAUGUAUUUUAUUACGUCUAACAUUUUGUCAGCCCACCUUGGUGAUAAUGUUGACAUGUUACGGUUCUGCCUAGUUGAGAGACGGAGGAGGUUCAACAUCAACGAUCGCAUCAAGGAACUGGGAGCUCUCAUCCCCAAAUCUAGUGACCCGUGAGUACCUAUGGACAAAAAUGAACCCUGACCCUAACCCAAAUCUAGUGACCCGUGAGUACCUAUGGACAAAAAUGAACCCUGAUCCUAACCCAAAUCUAGUGACCCGUGAGUACCUAUGGACAAAAAUGAACCCUGUCCCUAACCCAAAUCUAGUGACCCGUGAGUACCUAUGGACAAAAAUGAACCCUGACCCUAACCCAAAUCUAGUGACCCGUGAGUACCUAUGGACAAAAAUGAACCCUGACCCUAACCCAAAUCUAGUGACCCGUGAGUACCUAUGGACAAAAAUGAACCCUGACCCUAACCCAAAUCUAGUGACCCGUGAGUACCUAUGGACAAAAAUGAACCCUGACCCUAACCCAAAUCUAGUGACCCGUGAGUACCUAUGGACAAAAAUGAACCCUGACCCUAACCCAAAUCUAGUGACCCGUGAGUACCUAUGGACAAAAAUGAACCCUAACCCAAAUCUAGUGACCCGUGAGUACCUAUGGACAAAAAUUAUUUGGAGACUCUUAGAGCAGAUGACACAUUUACCGUUCUCAAGUGCGUGAUUAUUCAUAGAUGACCUAUGGAUGCUUAAACUGUUAACUGAAACGUCACUGUUCCGUUCUCUUCAAUGUCCCACCCCACACACUACUCGUAUUUAAUCACCUCGCUUUUCCUUUCUCGUCACUGACCCCCCUGCUACGGAGACAGGGAGACGCGUUGGAACAAGGGAACCAUCCUGAAGGCGUCUGUGGACUACAUCAGGAGGCUGCAGAAGGAGCAGCAGAGAGCCAAGGAGAUGGAGAACAGGCAGAGGAAACUGGAGCACAGCAACCGCAGCCUACUGCUUCAUAUACAGGUUAGGACAAUAAAGUCAAUCAGUCUGGAAGGCUGGUAGUCAAUCAGUCUGCUGCAAGGAAGGCUGGUAGUCAAUCAGUCUGCUGCAAGGAAGGCUGGUAGUUACUUGCGUGUGAUAUUGGAAUGAUGUUUGUUUGGAAGUGGGUAGAGGUAAAUUGUCUCAGGCGAAAUCAAUAAACUGUGGCGUCCCCCAGGGCAGUGCCGUAGGGCCUCUACUAUUUUUACUGUGCAUUAAUUAAGCAAGGGCUGUUCUUAGGCAUGACGCAAAUUGUUUUAAAAAUAAACUAAACUGAAGUGUCGACCGUUGUUGUUGUUGUUUCACUCUACAGGAGCUAGAAAUGCAGGCCCGCCUCCACGGCCUCUCCACCCCCACCUCCUCCUCCCAGGACUCCUCCUCCUCACACCUCAGCCUAUCACAGUCCCUGGACCCCAGCACGGGCGACGCCCUCUCCAAGACCCUCCUCUCGCUGAGUGGUGGCCCAGCCCUUCAGGCCACCUCCUUCCUGUCUCCACCCCCCUCGGCCUCACCAGUUGGCCUGAUGAACAUGGCUUCUCCUCUGGAUCUGGACUCUCUGAGCUUCUCUGAGCUGGACGACCCGUCGGCCGCAGCCUUCCACUCCUCCCUGCUGCCGGACAUGGGUCUGGGGGACAUCCUGAUGGACGAUAGGGGGGUGGGGAUGUCCCCGGUGUGGGCCCGAGAGCCCCUGCUCUCCUCUGUUUCCCCAGGAGCCUCAAAGACCUCCAGCCGCAGGAGCAGCUUCGGCAUGGAGGAAGACCUGUGA